AUUUGUCCAAUCACAAGGCGAGAUGGCCUCACAAGAUGGCGGCGCGCUGGGAGCGUAACAUCUGCGUUUCUAGGGACUUCGCGCUGCGGGUGGCUUAAGAUUCUGGGGUUGUACAGGCCCACGUCGUACAGGAGUUCUGGCGGGAUCAGAGAUGGCUCUGAGUAAAUCAAUGCAUGCAAGAAAUAGAUACAAGGACAAACCUCCUGACUUUGCAUAUCUGGCAUCCAAAUAUCCAGAUUUUAAGCAGCAUGUUCAGAUAAAUCUGAAUGGAAGAGUGAGUCUUAAUUUUAAAGACCCUGAAGCAGUUAGAGCUCUGACUUGUACUCUCCUAAGGGAAGAUUUUGGACUUUCUAUUGAUAUUCCGCUGGAGAGACUAAUUCCCACUGUUCCCUUGAGACUCAAUUAUAUUCACUGGGUAGAAGAUCUGAUUGGUCACCAGGACUCCGACAAAAGUACUCUCCGAAGAGGAAUUGACAUAGGUACGGGGGCAUCUUGCAUCUAUCCCUUACUUGGAGCAACCUUAAAUGGCUGGUAUUUCCUUGCAACAGAAGUGGACGAUAUGUGUUUCAACUAUGCAAAGAAAAAUGUGGAACAGAAUAACUUAUCUGAUCUCAUAAAAGUGGUAAAAGUGCCGCAGAAGACACUCUUGAUGGAUGCUCUCAAAGAAGAAUCUGAAAUAAUCUAUGACUUUUGCAUGUGCAACCCUCCCUUUUUUGCCAAUCAGUUGGAAGCCAAGGGAGUAAACUCUCGAAAUCCUCGAAGACCUCCACCUAGUUCUGUAAAUACAGGAGGUAUCACAGAGAUCAUGGCAGAAGGAGGUGAAUUAGAGUUUGUUAAAAGGAUCAUUCAUGACAGUUUACAACUUAAAAAAAGAUUAAGGUGGUAUAGUUGUAUGCUGGGAAAGAAAUGCAGCCUGGCACCUCUGAAGGAAGAGCUUCGCAUACAGGGGGUUCCUAAAGUCACCUACACUGAAUUCUGUCAAGGUCGGACAAUGAGAUGGGCCCUAGCUUGGAGUUUUUAUGAUGAUGUAACAGUACCAUCACCGCCAAGUAAGCGAAGAAAAUUAGAGAAGCCAAGGAAACCCAUUACAUUUGUAGUGUUGGCGCCUGUGAUGAAAGAAUUAUCCCUCAAAGCAUCAUCUUUGGGCUCUGAGACAGUGGAAGGCAUAGUUGUUGUCACGACAUGGAUUGAAAGGAUUCUCACCGAUUUGAAGGUCCAGCAUAAACGAGUUCCCUGUGGAAAAGAUGAAGUUAGCCUUUUCCUAACAGCCAUAGAAAACUCCUGGAUUCACUUAAGGAGAAAGAAAAGGGAGCGGGUGAGACAAUUGAGAGAAGUUCCUCGAGCGCCUGAGGAUGUCAUCCAAGCCUUGGAAGAAAAAAAAUCCACCCCCAGAGAGCCUGGCAGUAGCCAAGAAUUGGCCAAGGGCCCCCAGGAGAGUGCCCUGUGUGUGCCUGCCUCUGUUGAGGGCCAUUGCCCAAGCCAGGAGUCACUUUCCCAGGAGGAAAACCCAGAACCCAUGGAGGAUGAAAGGAGUGAGGAAAAGGGAGGGCUAGGGGUUGUGGAAAGUUGCAAAGGCUCUAGCAAUGGAGCCCAGGACCAAGAGGCCUCCGAGCAGCUCAGCAGCCCAGUGGCUGAAAAGGGGAAAUGUCUUCACGAAGUGGCUGGACGUUACCUGUUUAAGUGUUUGAUAAAUGUUAAGAAGGAGGUAGAUGAUGCCUUAGUUGAGAUGCAUUGGGUUGAGGGCCAGAACAGGGAUUUAAUGAACCAGCUUUGUACCUACAUACGGAACCAAAUUUUCAGGCUUGUUGCUGCUACUUAA